UGGACUUGCUCCAACAGGUCCAUGUCCUUCCUGUGCUGGGACCCCAGAGCUGGAUGCGGGGUUAGGGUUGGACCCAUCUGGGAUCUCACCAGAGCAGAGCAGAGGGGCAGAAUCCCCUCCCUCACCCUGGUGGCCACCACCAGCACCCCCAAGUCCUUCUCCCUAGGGCUGCUCUCCAUCUGCCAGCUUGGUUGGCUCUCCAAAGCUUCCAGGUCUGGAUGCAGCUCUGAGCUCUUGCUCAGGAGUCCCUGAGCUUGGGAAUCUCCCUGUACAGCUUGAUCUAUUGCUCACUCCCACACUUACCUCAGUCACUGCAGGUGAUGCUGCCUCAUUGUCUGAUUGAAAAUUAGCUUUUCUCAAGUUAAUUUUACUGAAUAAGUGCGUCUAUACUUAAAUCAACAGAAUAUUAAAUUGAAAUACUCAAUGUGGUGGGAACUAAUUGGACUGAAAACCUUAUGUGCUACUGAAGGUUUGAUUGAAGUUUGUGGAGACCUGAAGUUUUUCAAUCAAACCGAAGAGCCAGCAUUGUAGGAACAAAUAAACCAGCAGUGAAGUUCUUCAAUGCCAUUAUUUUCUUUCCCCACUCUGCCUUUUCUUUUUUCUCUUUAAUACUUUGGACUUGGAACUUCAAACUAUAUGUAGGAACUUAAGGGUUUCUUUAUUCGUUUGACAAACACAACACAUAUUUUUCAAAAGUAGGGGGUGGUACAGAUCAUUAAAGGUAGGGGGAAUGACGAACUCUGGUGAGCUCAAGUUACUUGUUCUUUGUGCCAGAAAAUGACUGUUCUCACAGUUAUGACUGCCUCUUUCAAAUCCCAAUUAUAAGUUGAUGGAGCCAGUGGGGGAAAUUGUUGAGGGGGUGGGGGUGAGAACUGGAGUAAAUCAAGGUAUAUGUGGUAGCAUUAUGAUAGUGCAGGGAUUGCAAGAAAGGAAUAUGCAAGAGUGAUAAUCAGUCUUUUUUGUAGUUUUGUUGCCAGUGCAAGAACUUACUUAAACUAGUUCUGACACUGUUUUUCAUCUCUGCAAAGUGUCAUGGAGAAGACUUACUCUCCCUGCAGACAUUUCUGAUCUUAAGAGAUAACUAUUUUGUAUUCUGAAUUUUUAACUGACAGUAACUUAUAACUUAGUCUACAUUAAAAAGGUCUGUAUUCUGGCAGCAGUAAGGAUUCUUCUUGUUUGAUAAUGAGACUGUCCUUAUUGCUGGAAACUGUUGCUUUAUGAAUAGUGUCAUGUUCACUUUGAUUUAAGACAGAAAGAAUUCAGUGUAUAUUUGGUGUCAAUGAGAAAAUGCUGUGCAGUACCUGUGUAAUUAGGAGAGGAAAAGUUAAUUUUUUAGGUUAAUGGAAUGAGUUUGAUGUUAUUUGCCAACUUGCAAAUGGCUGUUUUGUCAAGAUUUUCACUUAAGAACUCUUUUUUUUUUUCUCUAGAUAACCAGACUUCAUACAAUACCUACUCUAGUUGAUUACUAUCCAGUAAAUCACAAUUAUUAUAUAUAAUGCUAUUUUGGUACAAAUUUUGAUAUUAUACCAGUAUAGGUCAUCUUUGUUAUUCUUUUACAAUAUGCAUGCAAACAAUACAGUUUUUGUAAUCAAGAAUGUAAUUUUUCAUGUGGAUGUGUCAGUGAAGUGUCUGAUGAAUUUUCAGGUAAUGUGUUGUGCUGUACAAUUUUUUCUGGUUUGCCACCUGAAAGAAGAAGAUGAAAGAUGCAGUACAGCUGGCUAAAUUAUAAAUUCUUUAUUUAUGAAUAAUUGUAUGUGACACUUAUUGUUGUAUUUGAACUAUUGAGUACACAGAUUGGCAUAAUAAAAGCCAUGGGUCAGUUGCUUACUUAGUUAAAGAACAUUGCUAAAUUUAUUUUAACUGAUUGGACAAAAUAUUUUCACAAUAAAAAAUUAUUUGUUGUACUAAGCACUGGCAAUCAGUAGAACAGAUUUGAGAAAGAGAAUGUUUUGGAUUUUUUUUCAACCUAGUGCUGUAUUUUGUUCCUUCAGUGUGACUUUUCCCAAAAAUCAUUGGAAAAUGGAGACAUUUAGAAGCUUAAGCCCUGCCUUGGCACUAACAUCAAGAUGGUCUGGGAUCCUAACUCCUGCAUUUCACAUGAUUGUAUUUUAUACUUUUUUGUUGUGAUAAUAACUGGAUUUUCUUUAAUUUACCUUUUUUUUCCCUUAUAUAUAAUUUAUGUUCUGGACACAAGGACUCAGAUAUUGAUUUCAGGAUUCAAAAUAGGAAGAGGUCUCUGGAUGGCAGACUCUGAAAAGAAAUGCUGUUUUAAGAGACACCAAAGAUGCUAACAAGGAAGAUUAAGCUUUGGGACAUUAAUGCCCAUAUAACCUGUCGUCUGUGCAAUGGAUACCUGAUUGAUGCUACUACUGUAACAGAAUGCUUGCAUACUUUCUGUAGAAGCUGCCUAGUGAAAUAUUUGGAGGAAAACAACACCUGUCCAACCUGUAGGAUUGUUAUACAUCAGAGCCACCCAUUACAGUAUAUUGGCCAUGACAGAACAAUGCAAGAUAUUGUUUACAAACUUGUGCCAGGCCUCCAAGAAGCGGAAAUGAAAAAGCAGAGGGAGUUUUAUCACAAACUGGGCAUGGAAGUUCCAGGGGACAUCAAAGGGGAGACAUGCUCUACAAAACAGCACCUAGAUUCUCAUCGAAAUGGUGAAACUAAAGCAGAUGAAAAUAUAAAUAAAGAAACUUCGGAGGAAAAACAGGAAGAAGAUAAUGACUACCACCGAAGUGAUGAACAGGUAAGCAUCUGCUUGGAGUGCAAUAGCAGCAAACUGCGUGGAUUGAAACGAAAAUGGAUUCGUUGCUCCGCACAAGCAACAGUCUUGCAUCUAAAGAAGUUCAUUGCCAAAAAACUCAACCUUUCUUCUUUUAAUGAGCUGGACAUAUUAUGCAAUGAAGAGAUUCUUGGCAAGGACCAUACGCUCAAGUUUGUAGUUGUUACUAGAUGGAGAUUUAAGAAAGCACCUCUACUGCUACAUUAUAGACCCAAAAUGGACUUGCUGUAAGGGAACUUUACUGUCCUUCUGGACAGAGCUUUUUGCAGAGACUAUCAUCUGGCACCUUCUUAGUGCAUCACUAAUCACAUGACACAAACCAGCUGAAUAAUUUUGGAAGACUGGAGGGCUUUCAUAGUGGGCUGUCCUGAAUAUUUCUUCUAGGGAUGUGUUACCUAGACUUCUGGGCAGACAAUAUUUAUACUUUUUUUGUACGGAAGAAAGAAGUUUCAACUCAGCAAGACACUACCAGCAUUAAGUUUACAGAUACUGAAAACACUUCACAGUUCCAUGUAGCUCAGCCUGAUUUGUCUCUUACAGUUACACACAGAAAAAAAAGUUUGAGUGUUGUGGGGUGAUAUAAAUGUGUUGCUUUUGAGACCAAGUUGCAUUUAGUUACUUCUUGCAUUCUAAAUCUUUAAAAACUAUAUUUUUGCAAAGUGUUAUUGUCUUAUAUAGUAUGCCUGAUUGCAUUGGCUUUAUUGAAGUUAUUCUGUAGAGCAUUGAACAUACCUGAUAAUACAGUGACUGGUGAUAAUUUAUUAUGCUGCAUUGAAAACUUAAGAAAAUCUGGGAAACUGGUAAAUUUGUCAUUUUUGCCCAGUUAUUGCUCUCCUCACCUUGUGUUUUAAUAAAGUUUUGAUACUUCUGUGUACAUGUUAAUUUGGUAAGACAAAUAGAAAUAAUUUCAGUUGAUUUUAAUGUGCUGUGAUAUAUAUUUUGCUAUGGUAUGAAUUGCACCACGUAAUGACAAAUACUCACAAGUGCUAGAUUUGUGAAUUUCUUAAAAAAUAAACAUUUCUUAUGUAUUUGUGGCUUGCAGAAAUCAGUUUUUAAUUUAGAGAGAAUUUGCUAUCACUAGCUAUUGAAACGGUGGCUCUUGGACAACUUUGGGAGUAUUGCAGAUUUUUCAUUUCACUGAUUAAAACUUUCAGGCAGCUUUAAAUUUCUUUGGCUGUUUUCUUAUGAAACCAUAGCACUUUCCUUAAUGCAAUUCGUAGCUUACAUGGGGUGGGGAGGAAGGGAGAGUCAAGACAAGAUUAUUUUAGCACCUUUUGGCCUUAACUAGUAAUUUUGCUUGCGUCAGCCCUAAUGGAUGCAAGGUAAUACACAUUAAUAUAUGUUUGGGUACAUACAUCUAUAUACACAUGUAACUAUGUAUGUUAUAGAAAGCACCCUCAAUGGCACUUAGCAGGGCUCACUGCACUUUUUUGUAAGACUUUUGGAAACAAUUGACUUUUAAAAAAAUGUAGUUGAAAGUGAUUUCUGCAAGCUAUAUCCACCAUGUAUCAUCCAUAGUACAAUUGUAAGAACAUUUGUCUGGCGCAGGUGUGAAGUCACUGAAAACAGUGUAUGCCCUAUUAUUGCCAGCUGGAAAUAGAUAACCUUAUUUUUGGGAGAGUUUUCCUGUCAGCUGAAAAUGCUAGUUGCUAUUCAUAUUAUUAAACCCUAUUAUUUUUUGAUAAAUUGUCUUAGGAUAAGAAGCCCUGCUUCCUCUUGCUGUGCUCCUUUGCUUCUUCUGCUAGAAAGUGAUACUUGGUAACCAGAAGCUGAUUCUGCAAGAGAUUUAUCUAAGCAUUUUAAAUAUUCUUCCCUCUUGAGUUUUCAAAGCGCUACAUUUCUCAGCACAUUUCCCUUAAUUUUAUCUCUGGAGUCUUCAGUUCUCCUUUCUCAGCUCUGCUGCUGCUUGUGCUUACUUUUGACAACAGGGCUCCUUUUUGAUUACAGUCACAGAUGUGAGUAGGAAGAAAAUGAAAAAAAAAAAAAAAUGUAAGCAGAGAAUGAAAGGGAGCCUCCUAAAUUGCAGAGAUGGAAAGGAGAGCCACACAAAGGCUAGAACAUGCUGCUGUCCUUGUGGGUGAAAGUCUAAGAUAACUGCAUUUGAAUGUUUAGGUUACGCAGAACUCCACAUCUGGGUAUUUGUGUGCAUGUCUGUGAUUCAUGGAAUCAAAUCUGGCUCUGAUUCUGUCUUGCUGUUUCUGUAUUUUCAGCUCUUUUUUCUGUCUUUAGCAUUACUUGAUCUGGCAGAAAAGAACAAACAAGAUCACGUGUCUACCAUGUUUAAAACUUUCCAUGAAAGCAGUCAAUGCAGGUGGUAUAGAUGUGUACACAAGCUGACAUACUGGGCCUCUCUGGAGCUGUUUCUUACGUGAUUGUUGCUGUUCUAGUGUAAAUAAGAGACUGGCUUUGCCACUGAGGCCCUGAGAAUGUGGACAGGACUGUAAGGGUCCCAGCGCUGUGCACCCAGAGUAUACACGCCGUGGCUGUACCUGAUGUAGACAUUAAACUAAAGCUGCCAGA